AUGUUCUACAUCGGGUUAAUCAUCGCUGUACUUGCUCUGGGCUACGUAUACAAAAGACUUCGUUAUAUACGAUAUGAGCAACUGGCCCAUUUACCGCGCGCACAGCCAUCCUUGUUAUGGGGACACGCCAAAACUUUUGGUGAACGUGUUAGGGAAAACCGUAAAAGACAUAUUGAUUAUACCCUUCUCGCCUUCUCAAAGGAAAUUCCCAACCAUCCUGGCUUCUUCUUCUCGCCACUGGUAUUUGUGAUGUCCCAUGAAAUCGCCGAACAACUCUCCAGAGCUUCCGCCCUUUUCAAAUACAGUGUGCCCAAAUCACCAACGAUAGGAUUGCUUCACUAUCUCAUUGGGAAACAAUCAAUAAUAGUAAUUAACGGUGAAGAUUGGAAGAAUACUCGCAGACGGUUUAACGGAGCGUUUUCAACGGCGCAUUUGUAUACGCUACUGCCUCAAAUUGUUGAGAAAAUUCGUCGAUUUUUUGAGCGACUCGAUAAACGAGCGGAGAAUGGCACAGAGUUUGCAUUGGAGGAGUACUGCACUUCUCUUACAUUUGAUGUAAUUGGCACCGUUAUCAUGAAUGAGGAUUUCAACUGCCAACAAGAUGACCCGAGUCUCCACCAUGACUUUGUACGAUACUUCCGCGAGCUUCUAGCGACCUACGACGGAAAUUUCGAUGGUUCAAUUAAAGAAUGGCUCAUGACCCCUUUCAAUCGAGUUAAAAGACAACGGAUUAGUGACAAGGUAGACAAGGUUGUCAAGCCAAUCAUUCAAUCACGGUUCGAAAAACUCCAAAAAACCACAACGCAAACCGGGGGGAAAGGGGGUGAUAGAAGUGUUUUGACACUCAGUCUGCAGGGGAUUGAAGAACUAACGCCUGACUUGAUGCAAUCAAAACUGGACUCACUAAAGAGUUUCCUUUUUGCCGGUCACGACACAACAUCGGUACUACUUCAAUGGGCCUUUUAUGAGUUAUCGCGAACUCCACGAGCCUUGGCAGCGCUUCGCGCAGAGCUAGACCAGCUUUUGGGUCCAGGCACCACGGAUUUGAAUAUUGUUUCGCAAAUUCUGGCGAACAAUGAAAAUGAUAUCCUCACUAAACUGACCUACACAUCCGCCGUCAUUAAGGAAACAUUGAGAUUAUACCCGCCCGCCGCCUCAGCACGAUUGGCCCCAAAGGGCAGUGGUUUCACACUCAAUACCAAAAACGGAAGCUAUUGUGUUGAUGAAAUGGUGUUGUAUAUUUGCCAUUAUGCAAUCCAACGCGAUCCAGCGGUAUACGGCGAAACAGCCAAUGUCUGGAUUCCAGAACGUUGGCUUGGAGAUGUCAACACCAGAUCUAGCGAGGAUAUCCCUGCAACGGUGCCCCUAGAUGAUAAGCCUAAACAAGAUGGCAAAGUGCCUGUAAGUGCCUGGCGGCCAUUUGAACGUGGCCCACGAAACUGCAUUGGCCAGGAAGUGGCAAAUAUAGAAGCGAGAAUCAUCCUGGCUAUGGCUGCUCGUCGAUACGACUUUACCAAAGUCGGUCUUGGGGCCGCAAAACUAUCUGAGAAGGAGAAGAAACCUAUCCUGAAUCAAUAUGGACAGUAUGAGGUUGUGGAGGAGUUAUAUAAUACUCGAAACGUCACUUCCAAACCUGUUGAUGGAACUAUGAUGACUGUUAAAUUUCAUUGA